AGCACAGUCUUCUCAGGACUGAAAUGCUUUAUUCUAACCAGACUUAGGGUUCAGUUUUUGGGUGGCCCCUGCUCUCCAUGAGGUGAAGCUGGGAGGGCAGUGGAGGCCUGGGGCAGAGGUCAGAUGCUGCCCAAGCAGGGUGGCACAGUGCUCUGGUGACAAACACUCCACAGGCAUUUCUUUCCCUUUUUCUGCCAGCUCCUUGGCAAAGGAGUGUUUUAAGGAGGAGUCCAGAGGAAUCAAAUGGGUUGGAAUGGGCAACUGGCACAAGAGUGAGCCACCACAGGGGCAGGAGCUGGAUUCAGCAUGGCCCAGGGGGCAGCUGGAGUGAGAGGGGUCUGUGGAGGGCCUGAGCACACUCCCCGCAGUCCUGGGGCUGGCUCUGACCCUGGCCACCCUCGCAGGCCAGCCCUGCUCCCUGGGCAGGGGCAGUGGGACAGGCUCUGUCUGCUCCUGGUCCCCCGCCACCCUCAGCCAUGCAGCUCCCUGACAGUAAACAUGAACUACGUUGAGCCCAGGCUCUCCUGACCCUAGCUCUAGCUCCUAAGGGACUCCCUAAGCCUGGCCUGAUCCCCCACAGGACUCCCACUGCCAUAGGAAAGGCUGGGGACAGUCCCCAUGACUGGAUCUGGGCCCAGCACUGAACUCCCAGGCUGGGAAAGGGAGGGCAAAUUGAGACCCCGUCUUCGUCUCCCUUCAGAGCUUGGGAUUUCUGCCACCCCACAUCACUACCCUGGAGACCACAAGGGUGGCUGUCAUGGGGCUCCCUCCAGGUCUCGAGCAUUUAUCACUUAAAGGAAGAAAAAGCCUUGCAGGUCCAGGAAUCUCCUCCCAGCCUGAGGAAGAAAUAAAACACAGCUUGGAUCUGUCAUUUGCUGCUUGCUGCCAUGACGUCAGCUUGGGGCUGAACCUUCCACCUGUUGCUCGGACCUUAAACGAGCUGACGCCAGAAGAGAAAAGCACUUUCUCUUGAGUUUAGCAGCAAGUAGCAGCAGCAACAGAAGUCGCAAUGAGGUGCUGUGUAGUCCUUGCUGUCCUGCUCAGUUUGGUGCUCUUUUCGAAAGCAACGGACUUCUGCAACCCAGACCCUUGUGGAAAAAAAUUGGCUAGUUGUGUUGCUUUAUAUAGCAAUUAUACCUGCCAGUGCCAAUAUGGAUUCUACUAUAGCAAUGGGAAUUGUCAUGCAGGGAAAAUAUUCCCAGGUGUCAUUACACUGACAGGAUCUUACAGUAGCAGUGUUCAAACUGUAAAUUCUCUGGAAUAUGAAGAGGUGUUGAAAAAUAUAACAAUAUGGUUUAAGGAUGCCUUCAAAGAUUUAGAUGGCUUUGCAGAGACUGUCAUCGUGGAAAUUCAACAGAUUCAGAAAGAAAGCAGAGCUUCUUCUCGACUGAGUGUCACAGUGACAAACCUGUUUAAGGACAACUCAAAUGUAACCAAUGUAACAGUUACUAAUGCAAUAUAUGCUGAAAUAAAUGAAUCGAACUAUGUCUCUGCAUACACAGUUGCAACAUACUGUGCUGCUUUUAAAUGUGAUACUCAAACUACAUACUGCAAAGAAGCUAUGUAUCCAGAAUGCUUAUGCCAGGAUGAUUUUGCAAAGACAGAAUGGGAUGAACGUUCUUGUUCAGACUGCAGUGAAAGCUGUUCUUCAGAACAAAACAAGUACUGUGAAAGAGUAGGAGCGGUUCCAACAUGCAAAUGCAUGGCUAACUUUAAAAAGAAGAAUGAUAACUGUGUACCCUGUCCAGUGGGCUACUCUGGGGAGGACUGCAAGGACAGUACAGAACUCAUCCUUAUAAUAGUGGGUACAGUGCUUGGAGCCAUAAUCCUGAGUUUGCUGAUAGCAGUCUCUAUUGUUUCAGCAAGAAACAAGCACAGGCAAGAUCCAGAGCAGAAAAGACUGAUAAAGUCAGGAUAUUCCAACUCAAAUACCUGUGCUGAUGGACAGACCAGGAUGUUCCCUCGAGUCCAGACCACUUCUGGCCAUGUGAACCCAGGGUAUCAGCCAAACAACCCGUAUGAGAUGCGUUCAACAAACAGAGGUCAAUAUGAUGAUUUGUAUGAAAUAUCACGGGAGCAUGAGGGCUUUAGGAUGCAGAGCAAAUAUUAAGUGACCAGAGCGGUAUAAAGAUGGAUGACCACCACAGCAAUGGGUCAGACCAAAUUGUUUCACAGCCUCUCACCAAUGCAGAUACUUCAGCACAAGAGACAACAAAAUCUACAGCCCCAGCUUCUCUGAAGAUUUUCUAAAGGAAAACCCCUGCUUGAAAGAGAUCAUGGACAACUCUCUGAAAUAAGAGAAAAUGAAGCAGAGGGUAGGAGGAAGACAAUGACUCUCACAAGAGUUAGGGGGCUCCAGUGAACACCAGAAUUCCUUCAGGCCAGUACAAUGGCAAGAAAGUGAGUGUAGACAAGAUACCAGGGGUUUAACCUGCUGUUUUUCAGUUCUUCUGGAAGAUGGUCCAGGCAAUAUGUGUGAUAGUGAAAAUGUCAUCGCCCUGAUCUUUGCCUACAUUUGUGCUCACUCUAUUUCAUCUAGAGGCAGCCUGCAUGGCUUUGGGAAGAUCAAAACUGUUCUUCAUGAGAACCUAACCUUUUUCUUUAUACUACACCAGAUACAGUCUUUCUCCCCCCCCCCAACCCCCUAAAAUUUCCUAUGUGAAAGCAUUCUGUUCAGAUCUCUGCUGACAUGUGUUGUGAGAGACAAUGGUACUUGUCUGAUCUUUUACACAGCCUUCCUUCCCAAUACAAUGACAAGAAACAAUAUCUUCAAACAAACACUAUUGUUCUUCAUCUUGCACAACCACAUUGAUUUUACAUUCUCAGUUCCUGUGGAAAGUGUUAGCAUUUUUUUCUCUUAUACUCUUUGUGUUUUCAUUGAAUGAUUUUGUUUGAGGGGCUUUUUUUUCUUUCUUUUUUUUUAUUACUCAGACACAAUAAAUCCGUAAAAGAAUCCACAUUUUAUCAUACUUUACUGAGUAUGAAUUAUCCAUUGACUAGCAUUAACAUUUCUGUGAAUAUAUUUAUAAUAUAUAUAUGCACAAAUAUCUACAUAUAUUUAAAGGUUAAACCCAUUUACAGCAUCACUUAAUUCCAUGUUAUAUUUUGUGUUUUGGUUUUUAACUUUUCCUAUUAAAAUUUUUCCUAUUAAACAUUAUUGUUUCACAGUA